AUGGAAGCAAAGCAAGCUGAAGCACCACCAGAACUUCUUAAUGUAGUUAAAUAUUUAAGAUCUACAUCACACCUAAAAAUCCGGCAAGGUAUUUUAAAUGGAAAGAGAGUAGACUAUUUCAAAGGGAAAUCUGCUAUAAAGGCUCUUCUAAAAGAAGAAUCUUAUGGAAAAUUAAAGAACGUUCCAAAAAUUACCAAUGAAGCUGAGGCAUCUCGUGUUCUUAGUGAUGUGAUGACUCAUGCUUUUUACUUACGCGUUGAGCGUUCCGGAGGUGAAAGUAACGCUCGUAAUAAAUCUUUAUCCGUGACGCCUGCACAGCAAUGGAGCGAUGACCAAUAUUAUGCUUGGUUUUAUGAAGGAUCACAAUUGAUGAAUUAUUUGGGUGGGUUUGGGUUAAUAGGAAUCGUUUUUGCUGCA